GCAGAGCAGCCACCUGUGACGUAGAAUGCUACUUCUAACCAUCAAAAGAAGAAGAAUAACAAAAGCAGCCACAGAUUUUCAGGGCAGUACGAUAGACAGUCUAUGGGCAGUACACACAAUCCCCCCUGGGCAAACAUUUACUCUUAUUUAGAAGAAAAAAUGUAAGUUAACUGGAACCGAAGAAUGGUUUGCGGUCUGGAAGCUUGUGUGAAUUAGCAGCUUGUCAGAAGCAACGCUGUUAUUGUUUUCAGACCUGUUUUCGUAUGUGAAUCCCGGCAGCUAAGCUAGCUCCGAGGUUAGCUCCUCUCCAACUGGCUCGUCAACGUCAGACAGACUUUCUGACCUGAGAUAGUCAGCCCGUGUUUACCGUCCAAAUUAACCCUACACAUCUCCCUUAGCCUGCUCGGUGCUACUCGACAGUGUAGAUAUGGGAAGUCUGGGCAGUAGGUUCCAGUCCCCCUCUCAGGGACCAGAGGAAGCUGCAGAAGGCACAAAUAACAGCCACAAGCAUGGAUGUGAGUGUCAGAAGAGGAAACGAAAUGCUCCGUGUGACUGUGACAGUGAACAAGAGGAGGACGAUGCCAUACUGGAUACACCUCGCAGGAAGAAAUUGAAAAGCACCUCCCGAUACAUUUAUCAGACUUUGUUUUUGAAUGGGGAGAACAGUGACAUCCGCAUCUGUGCUCUGGGACAGGAGUGGAACCUCCACAAAGUCUACCUGUGUCAGUCAGGGUAUUUCUCCAGCAUGUUCAGCGGCUCUUGGAAGGAGUCCAGUAUGAUGGAAAUUAAUUUGGAGAUCCCCGACCACAACAUUGACACUGAAGCCCUGCAAGUCGUAUUUGGAUCCCUGUACCGGGAUGAUGUUCUGAUCAAGCCCAGCAGAGUUGUCAGUAUUCUUGCAGCUGCUUGUAUGCUACAGCUGGAUGGUUUGAUCCAGCAGUGUGGAGAGACUAUGAAGGAAAAUAUCAGUGCGAAGACCGUGUGUGGCUACUAUGCUUGCGCCAGCAUCUAUGGCUUGGAUUUAGUCAUGAAAAAGUGUCUUGAGUGGCUUCUGAACAACCUGAUGACCCACCAAAAUGUCGACCUGAUGAAAGAGCUUGGGGCAGAGGUGAUGGAGCAGCUCAUUCAGUCUUCUGACCUGUUUGUCAUGCAGGUGGAGAUGGAUGUAUACACUGCUCUGAAAAAAUGGAUGUUUCUGCAGCUCAACCCGUCAUGGGACGGCCCAAUUAAGCAGCUUCUGGCUGAUGCUGAUGCCUGGCUUUGCAAACGCAGGACAGACUUGAGUGAGAAAGAGCCCUUCUUGAACACAGAGGAGGGUGAACCUUUCCGGUCAGUGUUCAAAUAUGUUCGUCUCCAGUAUAUUAUCAAUGAUCUUGCAUCUGCACGCAUUCUGGAGAGAGACAACAUUUUGCCCCCUGAUUGGUUAACGUUGGUGUACAAAAACCAGUGGUUCGCUAUGCUCCGGACAGAAUUUGACAAUGAUAAUGGUCCCCAGGAAGCCAACAAAGACGAGUUUGAGCUGAGCAGUAUGAGGUGCGGCAGGAAACUGACUAAAGAUGGAGAUUACUGCUGGCGGUGGACAGGCUUUAACUUUGGUUUUGAUCUGUUGGUGACCUACACAAACCGUUUCAUAGUCUUCAAAAGAAAUACUCUGAGUCAGCCAUGUGGAGGUGCUGUGAGUCUGCAACCUCGAAGGCAUCUGGCAUUCCGGUUACGUCUUGCCUCUUUUGAUAGCCGUGGAAAGCUGGUCUGCAGUCGCUCAACAGGUUACCAACUUCUCACUCUCGAGAAAGACCAGGAGUAUGUGGUGAUGAACCUUGACAGCCGGUUGUUAACAUUCCCCCUCUACGUGUGCUGUAACUUCCUGUAUACGUCGCCUCACUCUGACCCCCGUCCAGAUUCUUCAGAACAAGAAAGCACUGCUCGCAGCGUGUCCUGAUGCCUGUUCCGCUGCCAUUAACUAUUACUAUUCCUCUGGGAAAGCUGAGACACUGACACAAGCUUGUACGUACAAUCCACCGCCACAUUUAACAUCACUUUGACAUUGGACAUACUAUCUGCAUGCUGCGUAACCCAGUGAGGUGUUUAGGGGAAAUGUUUGGUAUCUGUGUAUCCAGUGUUUUUGGCGCAAUAAGAAUUAGCUAUACAUACAUGGGGUUUACAGUGACAGACACAGAGACAAAGAGAGUGGCUAAGAGAGAUUCGGCCACCUUUGUCUUUAAAGCAGCUUUGAAUUCUGGAUGUCUGCCAUGGACUGUCUGCACUGGCAUGUUGGACUAUUGCUCAAGAUGGAAAACCCCCAGGUCAUUUAUAUUAAUGGAACCACUCUGGAAUUAAUUUAUCAGUGUGUAUGGGGGCAUUAUCACCCUGAAAUACGGGAACAUCACGAGGGAACAGCUCCAGAGGGACCAUUAUUGACUUGUACGGUGAUGUGGUGAGAGGUGUGACCCUGCACUCUACUGAUGGACGGGCUCAAAAACUCACCUCUCUUUGUCACAUUACUUGCCAACACUUAAAAGCUGAAAAAAAGAGUUCAAGUCUGACACAACACUUUUACCACCCGCUGCUUUUUGGUUAUAGAGAGAUGUCAUACCUGCUGCCACAUACCACCUGCACUCCAUGUAAGCACCCUUGUCCCAAUGGAGUGCAGCUGAUGACACUCAACGGCAUCACUUUUGAAUUUUGAAUUACAAAGAACAAACUGAGAGAAGCUGUAAAUGCAGCAGUUUCAGUCUGUGUUUUAACACUAUUUAACCCUGGAGGUCCACCUCACUCAGUCCUAAUCUAGUCUACAUCAGAGCAGCUUCUGUUUUUCAGAUUGGAAAGUCUCCCACCUCUUCAGUAAACUGGGGGAAACCACAUUACAACACCCAGAUUAUACACUGUAUCAAGAAUCUUUUGUACUUUGUAAAUAACAUUUCCUGCAAUGUUCACAUUAUAACAUAACAUUGCAUAUAAGUGAUAAAAGUAAAGUCACAAAGCCCAAGUAGCCAAAGUAAACCUGCAUUGUGAGGUCAAUAAUCCAGAUUAAACCAAUAAUCUGUAUUCAUGAGACAUGAGCCUUCAGGAGUUUUCGUGCAUUAGCCUCAUUUACAAAGCAUACACUUUGACAUACGCUCAUUGAUACCAGCUUUCUGAUGUUCACAGCAUUUUGUGAAAACUCCAAACAAACAAACUUUGACUGACUACAGAUUUUGAGACAUUCUGCCGUGUUUACCAGCUAUACUGUCAAAUCUCCAUUUACUGCUGUUACUGGAAUCCACUGAUCCUGUUUUGCAGUGCAGUUUGUCCUUUGACACAUUAAGACGCACUGUUUAGACUGCUCCCAUCAACACAUGAAGUACUUUUGCAGUUAUGUUGUUUUACACGUUUGUACUAUGAUUAGGCAGUUUUGUAAAUCUGUUACCUCAUGCUGUUUUGAAAACCUGUAAAGCGUACAUAUACUGCCAAUACAUUCUCAGUAUGACUCGCCUGUAUAGCUGUAACUGUCUUGAAGUUUAAGGUGUUUUUUAUUUAUAUUUAUUUUAUGACUUCAUUUUUAUUUGUAUGGAUUUUUUUUGCGAACGAAAAUACAAUUUUCAACAGCCAAUAAAUCUGCCCAUUCACAUGGGCUGUGGUGCUAUC